AUGGCAGGAGAAAAUGGGUUCAUUGGAUCAAUCGAUCAAGGAACCACAAGCACAAGAUUCAUCAUUUACGAUCGUGAUGCUCGUGCUGUUGCAUCUCAUCAAGUCGAGUUUACUCAGUUCUAUCCCGAAGCUGGAUGGGUGGAGCACGAUCCAAUGGAGAUACUGGAGAGUGUGAAAGUGUGUAUUGCAAAGGCUAUAGACAAAGCUACUGCUGAUGGACACAACGUAGACGGUGGCUUGAAAGCCAUUGGUCUAACUGAUCAGAGAGAGACCACUGUUGUCUGGAGCAAAUCCACUGGUCUUCCUCUCCACAAAGCAAUCGUCUGGAUGGAUGCUCGCACCAGCUCGAUCUGCAGGAGAUUAGAGAAGGAACUAUCAGGAGGAAGGUCUCAUUUUGUGGAGUCUUGUGGCUUACCGAUAAGUACUUACUUCUCUGCAAUGAAGCUGCUUUGGUUGAUGGAGAAUGUGGAUGCUGUCAAAGACGGUAUCAAGUCAGGAGAUGCGAUCUUUGGCACGAUCGAUACUUGGUUGAUUUGGAACAUGACUGGUGGUGUGAAUGGCGGGUUACAUGUCACUGAUGUAACAAAUGCUUCUCGGACAAUGCUCAUGAACCUCAAAACCUUGAGUUGGGACGAAGAAACUUUGAAGACUCUAGGCAUACCAGCUGCGAUUUUGCCUAAAAUCGUAAGCAACUCAGAAGUCAUCGGAGAAAUCUGUAAAGGAUGGCCUAUUCCUGGGAUCAAGAUUGCUGGAUGUCUCGGCGAUCAACACGCUGCCAUGUUAGGACAAGCGUGCAGAAAGGGAGAGGCCAAGAGUACUUACGGAACAGGAGCGUUCAUUCUUCUCAACACAGGAGAAGUUCCCAUCAAAUCAGGACACGGGCUUCUGACUACUCUGUCCUACAAGUUAGGCCCUCAAGCAGUGACAAACUACGCACUCGAGGGAUCAAUUGCUAUCGCGGGAGCUGCUGUACAAUGGCUUAGGGACAGCCUCGGGAUCAUAAAGAGCGCGAGUGAGAUCGAAGAAUUGGCUGCAAUGGUGGAUUCAACAGGAGGAGUAUACUUUGUGCCAGCAUUCAACGGCUUGUUUGCGCCUUGGUGGAGAGAAGACGCUCGUGGUGUGUGCAUCGGGAUUACAAGGUUCACUAACAAGUCUCAUAUCGCACGGGCUGUGCUAGAGAGCAUGUGUUUCCAAGUGAAAGAUGUGCUUGAUUCGAUGAACAAAGAUGCGGGUGAAAAGGGUUCUCUCAAUAACGAUAAAGGAGAGUUCUUACUUAGAGUUGAUGGUGGUGCCACUGCCAACAACCUUCUGAUGCAGAUUCAGGCUGAUUUGAUGGGAACUCCAGUGGUGAGGCCAGUGGACAUAGAGACAACAGCACUAGGAGCAGCCUAUGCAGCUGGUUUGGCAGUUGGAUUCUGGAAGGAAGAAGACAUAUUCGAGUCGGGAGAGAAGGCAAAGAACUCGAAAGUUUUCAGACCAAAUAUGGAAGAGGCAACAAGGAAGAAGAAAGUUGAGUCAUGGUGCAAAGCCGUCGAAAGGACAUUUGAUCUCGCUGAUCUCUCUAUCUAA